AUCUCUGAUCUGGUUCUUUGGGGCCCCUGGAAUUACUGGACUGUUGCUGGGACUGGGUGGGUCACCUUACUGGAAUGGGAGGUGUGGCCGCUGUGGAGGAAGCCUGCCUUCCCAGUCUCCACCUGCUGCACCUUGGCGUGGGGCGGGGCCAGGCCUCAGCGGGGCGGAGCAGGUCAGGGCAGGCCGGGUCCUACCCUCCUACCCCUGAGAUUAACCCGGAACUAACAGAGGCUCCUUUGGGAAGGCCUCGGAGCCAGAUCAGGAGCCUGAGCUGUGCGUGCAGGCCACGGAAGCCUGGCUUUAGACAGAAGGAGGCCCUCAUAGCCCCGAGACCAGGUGCACCCUCGGCAGGAGGUGGCACUUUAGUGCAAAGUGCUGGCGGCCACAGCGGCUGGACUAUGGCGCCCCCUCGGAACGUGGUGAAGAUUGCCGUUCAGAUGUCUGACGCCAUCCCACAGCUUAUUCAGCUGGACCAGGCGAAGCCCCUGGCCACUGUGCUGAAGGAGGUGUGUGACGCGUGGAACCUGACUCACUCGGAGCACUAUGCCCUACAGUUUGCUGAUGGACACAAGAGAUACAUCACAGAGAAUAACCGCAUGGAGAUCAAGAAUGGAAGCAUCCUGUGCCUCAGCACUGCCCCAGACCUGGAGGCCCAACAGUUGCUGGGUAGGCUGCAGAGUACAAGUCGUGAAGGGUGCUGUGAAGCCCUGAAAAGCCUGGUCCAGCUGGCCUCAGAUAUGACCUUUGCCCAGGAGGUCAUCAGCCGUGAUGGGCUUCAGAGACUAAGCACCAUCAUUGAAAAUGGGGAUGACCUAGGGGAGAUGCUGGCCCUUGGUCUGAGGGCUUUCUUGGAGCUCAUGGAACACGGUGUGGUGUCCUGGGAGACACUCAGCAUCCCCUUUGUCAGGAAGGUGUGUGUCCUUUUGCAGGGGCAGUGGGAGCAGUGCCAGCAUCUGGCCCUCGUGAAUGGUAAUGAUGCUCUCUAUCCCUUACAGGUGAUAUCUUAUGUGAACAUGAACCUGAUGGAUGCUUCUGUACAGCCCCUGGCCCUCAGGCUGCUGGAGAGUGUGACCUUGAGCAGCCCUGCCCUGGGCCAGCUGGUGAAGAGCGAGGUGCCACUGGACAGGCUGCUAGUGCACCUGCAGGUAAUGAACCAGCAGCUGCAAACAAAGGCUAUGGCAUUGCUCACGGCCUUGCUGCAAGGGGCCAGCCCAGCUGAUCGCAAGCACAUGCUUGACUACCUAUGGCAGAGGAAUCUUCGCCAGUUCAUCUACAAGAACAUCAUCCACAGUGCAGCACCCAUGGGCGACGAGAUGGCUCAUCACUUGUAUGUGCUGCAGGCUCUUACACUGGGCUUGCUGGAACCACGGAUGCGGACACCACUUGACCCCUACAGCCAGGAACAGCGGGAACAACUGCAGACCCUGCGUCAGGCGGCCUUUGAACCAGAGGGGGAGUCCUUGGGCACAGGACUGAGUGCUGACCGCCGGCGUUCUCUCUGUGUCCGAGAGUUCCGCAAGCUAGGCUUCUCUAACAGCAACCCAGCCCAGGACCUGGAGCGUGUGCCCCCUGGCCUGCUGGCCCUGGACAACAUGCUCUACUUCUCCAGACAAGCACCUAGUGCAUACAGCCGGUUUGUGUUGGAGAACAGUAGCCGAGAGGACAAGCAUGAGUGCCCUUUUGCCCGGAGCAGCAUCCAGCUGACAGUGCUGCUAUGUGAGCUGCUCCAUGUUGGGGAGCCUUGCUCCGAGACAGCCCAGGACUUCUCACCCAUGUUCUUCAGCCAAGACCAUAGUUUCCAUGAGCUCUUCUGUGUUGCUAUCCAGCUGCUGAACAAGACCUGGAAGGAAAUGCGGGCAACACAGGAGGAUUUUGAUAAGGUAAUGCAGGUGGUUCGGGAGCAACUAGCUCGCACCCUGGCUCUGAAGCCCACCUCCCUGGAGCUCUUCCGAACCAAAGUAAACGCCCUCACCUAUGGGGAAGUGUUGAAGCUGCGGCAGACAGAGCGGAUGCACCAGGAGGGUACACUGGCCCCUCCUAUACUGGAGUUGAGGGAGAAGCUGAAGCCAGAGCUCAUGGGUCUAAUCCGCCAGCAGCGUUUGCUCCGACUUUGUGAGGGAAUGCUCUUCCGCAAGAUCAGCAGCCGGAGACGCCAGGACAAGCUGUGGUUCUGCUGUUUAUCCCCCAACCACAAAGUGCUUCAGUAUGGGGAUGUGGAAGAGGGCGCCAACCCACCCACCCUAGAAAGCCUACCCGAGCAGCUCCCUGUGGCAGACAUCAGGGCACUCCUGAUGGGCAAGGACUGCCCCCACAUGCGCGAGAAAGGCUCUGGGAAGCAGAACAAGGAUCUCUAUGAGUUGGCUUUCUCCAUCAGCUAUGACCAUGGGGACGAAGAAGCAUACCUCAAUUUCAUUGCUCCCUCCAAACGGGAUUUCAACCUGUGGACAGAUGGGCUGAGUGCCCUGCUGGGCAGCACCAUGAGCAGUGAGCAGACUCGGCUAGACCUGGAGCAGCUGCUUACUAUGGAGACCAAGUUGCGGUUGCUGGAACUGGAGAAUGUGCCCAUUCCUGAGCAGGCUCCCCCAGUACCCCCACCCCCUACCAACUUUAACUUCUGCUAUGACUACAGCAUCACUGAGCCUUGACUGAAGUCAUGGUGCUGCUGUAGCAGAGGGUUGAGAAUCACAACCUCACCAGCAGAGCCUCUAGCAGAAAUAAAGUUAGCUUGGCUUGUA